AUGUCCUUUGACCACAUCUUCACAGUCCCUGCUCCGGCCUCGGAAACUUACACCUGGGGUCCCCCUGCCGAAAUUCCCACUGCUAUCCGCUUCAAUGAUGUCCCCUAUGCUCCCUACUCCAAGAGCGACAAGCUAGGCAAGCUCUCUGACUGGGCUGAGUCCGCAAAGGACAGCAAGGACAAUAAGCGCAAUGCUCGUGGCCACAAGGAUCCAUACCACGCUUACGGUGCCUCUGCUGCUGCCUCCUUCUUUAACACCGAGGAUGCUGCCGACAACUCCUCCUUCUCUAUCGUCGACUCCAGCAAGACCCCCAAAACUCGCCAAACUGCUAUCCUCAAGGCAAACUCAAAGGGUGGUUCUCGUGGUUCUUCCGGCCCCAACUCUUCUUCUGCCGGUGGCUCCUCUGGUGGUGCUUCUGCCUCUAGAUCUAAUGGUCCUGGCAGAAACGGUCCUGCUGGCUCCAGAAACCUCGCUGGCGGCCCUGCCUCCGGCCCCAACUCUCGCAGACGCUACGGCUGGAAGGAAGAGCGACCCCAACGCAACCGCGAUGCUUCCGUCAAGGUCGCCGAGGGCUGGGAACUCAUCCAAUCCAACGGCUUCAACGAGCUUCAGAAACUCUCCUUCGACGUCAAGUCUGGUACCGACGUUGGCAGCUACGGUUACGUCUACCCUUACAACCGUGCUCUUGACAAGCCCAACCACCAACAAAAGCUCAAGCUCCCCGACAGAGCCAUCUUCAAUACUACCACCUCUUACGAUCCCGUCAUCCAGAAGCUCGCCGCUGCCAAUACUGCAACCAUCUUUGCCACAGACUCUAUCCUUUCUCUCCUCAUGUGCACAACAAAGUCUGUCUAUCCUUGGGAUGUUAUCAUCAACAAGGCUGACGGCAAGAUCUUCUUUGACAAGCGUGACGAUGGCCCUCUCGACUACGUCACUGUCGACGAAAAUACUUACGAGCCCCCCUCGGAUACUUCUGACAAGAGCAACAUCAACUCGGCAACCAACCUGGCCAACGAAGCCACCUACAUUAACCAGAACUUUGCCGCAAACGCCAUUGUCGAAAGCAGCGCCCAAAAGAUCUCUCUCGAGCACCCCCACCCCUUCUUCAACCCAGACGAUGCCGAAGCUCUUCCCCCACUCCCCUCCGGUUACCGUUACCGCAAGUUCAACUUGGCCGAGAACCCAGAGGAUGAACCCAUCAACCUGGUUGUGCGAACCGAGGUCGACGCCCUUGUUCCUGGCAAAACCGACCAGUACGUCACUGUCAAGGCCCUCAACGAGUACGGCCCCAAUGGCAUUCUUUCGUGGAAGAACAAGUUUUCCAACCAACGUGGUUCCAUUGUUGCUGCUGAGAUGAAGAAGAACCUCAACAAGCUCUCCCGCUGGACCAUCGAGGCCAUCCUUGCCGGCUCAAGCAGCAUGAAGAUUGGUUUUGUAUCUCGUAACUCCCCCAAGGACAAUGCUCACCACAUUAUUGUCGGUGUUGUUGGUCAGGUUCCCGAGCAGUUUGCCAACCAACUUAACAUCAAGCUGUCUAACGGCUGGGGUAUCAUCAAGUCUAUUGUCAACAUUAUUGCUGCUCUUGACGACGGCAAGUAUGUUCUGAUGAAGGACCCUAAUGCCAGUGCUAUCAAGAUUUACAGAGUCCCCGCCAAUGCCUUUGAUGAGGACGAGGAAGAAGAAGAGUAA